AUGGGCCUGCGUCAUGGAGCGUUCGGGCUAUGCCUCCUACUUCUCAUCCUCUAUCCGGUCCUCCUCACAGCACAAAAUGAAAACGACACAGCGGAGGACCCGAUAGAGGGUGGUGUUAAACUAGCCGCAUGGCAUAUCUCGGAGUUUUCAAUCUACUUCUCUGUCAUUCUAACCCUCCUGGGGAUCACGCUCUUCAAGAUGUAUUACCCAAAGGUGCCCUACGUGCCAGACUAUAUUCCACAGUCUCUCCUCCUCAUCGUUAUUGGCGUUAUCUUUGGCGCUAUCCUCAAUGCCAUCACUCACCAGGGUCUGGAAAAUACGCUGUGGAAACUGAGUCCAGAUAUGUUCUUCCACUUUCUUCUCCCACCCAUUGUCCUGGAUGCCGCGUACAGUCUUUACAAUCGAACGUUUCUUGACUAUCUUGGCAGCAUUCUUAUCUAUGCUGUGGUCGGAACUGUGCUCAACUUUCUUAUCAUCGGCCCAUUGAUGUAUGGGCUAGACGUGGCCGGAGCAAUGGGUAGCAAAUCGGUGGACAUAACCUUCAAUGCUUACCUCCUCUUUGCGUCACUCAUCGUUGCUGUAGACCCCGUUGCUGUGUUGGCAAUCUUCCAAGACAUCGGUGUAGAGCCGGGCCUUUACUAUAUGGUCUUUGGUGAGUCCCUACUCAACGACGCGGUAACAGUUGUGCUCUACCGUAUUAUGAGUGAAUUUGUGGGAGUGACCAAUGUCGAUGGUGCACAGAUUGGGCUUGGAAUUGGUUCCUUCUUCACCAUUUCUUUCGGUGGUCUCAUCGUUGGGGUGAUAAUCGGCCUAAUUACCAGUCUCUUUACCCGUUGGACAGGCCACUUUGGCUGCUUCCUCAUCAUGCUCAUGGCAUACUUCUCGUACAUCUUCGGUGAGACUGUAGGAUGGUCAGGUAUUAUCUCGAUGAUUGGAUGUGGUCUGGUACAAGCCGACUAUGCCUUUCAUAACAUCUCAUCCUCUGCUCUAACCAGCGUUCGUUUGGUGAUCAAGGAGAUCGCCGAAGUGAGUGAAGCCUUCAUCUUCUUCCUUAUUGGUGUGCAACUUUUCUCCGCUGAGAUUGAAUGGAACACAGGCUUCUGUCUUUGGGGUAUGGUGGUCUGUCUCAUCGCUCGAGCAAUUGCUGUCCUGCUACUCACCUUCAUUAUCAACUGGAUCAACGUGAACAAUCUGCGUGUCACAUUUAAGCAGCAAGCUAUUCUGAUUUACGGUGGUCUUCGGGGAGCUGUGGCUUUUUCCCUCGGUCUUCUUGUGGAGAAUCAAGAACUGGGUCCAAAUGGUGUGCACGUGCGAAAAAUAAUAGUCACCGGAACCCUCUUCAUCAUUCUCUUUACGGUUGGCUUGAUGGGUCUGACAAUGAAACCCUUGGUAAAAUUAUUCCACAUCAAACUAGCUGGAAAGGAGGAGCUCUCUCUUUUUGGCGAUCUCAAUGGAAAUGUUCUGGAUCACGUCCUAGCUGGUGUGGAGGCGAUAAUAGGUUCAAAUGGACGCAAUCGUAUCCGCGUCUUCUUCACUCGACUCGAUGAUCGAUUCACCCGUCGUUGGCUUCAACGAGAUCCGGAGACGCAUGACGAGCGAAUCGUCCGAACGUACGAGAACAUCGCGCUGAAGCUGCACUACGCCACCAUUAAACCGUCAAAGUCUUCAUCUUAUCUACAAGGCCUCCCAGAGACCAUUAGGCAGAAGUAUAUGCUUGAGAGUGGCGACUCGACUCUCCAUUUGCCAUCCCUUGCAGUGAGUUUGUCGGAUUCGAGAUUGCUGGAAUACUUCACGUUAGGUCAAAAUCAAGACUCUUCCACCAACCUCAAUGCACAAUCUCAAGAACCCAUAGAAGAUCUUCAUGGCCACAAAGUUACUUUUAGCAAUACGGUUGACUUGGACAACGCUGAAGCAUUUGUUGGUCCUCAAUGGCGUCGCAAAUCGGGUGUGAUAGACAAGGGAGGAGAAGGGGACUUUGAAAAGGAGUUCUUCAGUGUCUUAAGAUCCAAAGCAAGGGCGUCAAGAAUACUGAGACUGAAAAAACACAAGGCCAAGGCAAGUGACGGUAGAAAUGAGGAUGGAUAUGAUGAAGACAGUGAGCUGGAGAGGAGGAGAGCCCAACAAACCGCAGAGAACACGGCUAAAAAUCGUCUUGCAACACAACCAGGUCGUGUCAAUACCACAUCUACGAGCCUGACCAGUACGCGCGAUGAGGGCCAACUCCCACCGCGAGACUACCCUGACGGUCCGGGUAAAGACAACACUCCCAAAUUCCGAAUCGGCGAUGAUGAUUAA